UUGAUUGUUCAUUAGAACGAUAUGAUGAGCUUUCUAUUUCUAUUUCUAUGUCAAGACAGAUUGAAAAGAUAAGCGCUCUCUCUCUCUCCCUCGACUCUGGUAGACUCGUAUCCCCGAAAUUGUGUUUCCCAAUUUCCAGUGCCAGACUGCCAGAAAUCAUGACAUAUGAAAAAUAAAAGAAAAACCAUAGAGUCAAGCAAACAGUGUUAUAUUUUAUUGUUUGUAUUUUCUCAGCUUUUCUCUAUAAAAGCCCUGAUAAUAGAUAAACGUCGCGUGUCUUCAACCAACCUUUUUCCGAUUGCACAAGGAUUUCUUCUUCCUGUUCCAGCCUUUAUUCUCGUUUUUUUCCUCUUUUAUUAUCUGUCUGUGCUGUUCUGUAUGUAGGUCCUGAAUUUUUAUAAUAUCAGUGGACGAAAUAUCUUUUAGCACACCUAGUCCUACGAAAAAAACGUUUUCGGAUUUAUAUAUAUUAGCGCUAAAUAUCGAAAACUCGUCGAUCGCUUGCGCUUGACUCUAUUGAUUCAUUAUCCGAAAGCCGCAAGGAAUCGUCGCUGUCUCAUUAAUGGCGGAGGAUCCUAAAAUAUAGGGAGAAGGAUCGGAGCUUUAAGAUGCAGAUAUCUCAAUAUGCAUCAUGUAUGUGACAGGUUCGAAUAAGGGAAAAAGAAAGAAGCGCACGCAUUUUCGUAAACGCAAUUGAUGAUCGAGGUCUCUGUUUGGAAAAGAUUAUUAUUAUUAUUCUUAUUAUUAUUUUCGCUAUCAUUAAGCCUAGUGUGGAAAAGAGAACAGUCGGUUUUGUCGUGAAAGCCCUCGAGCCUCGAGCAUAAACUCUGCGGUUUCAACUUUCAUGGUAGUAGGUUUGAGAGUUUUAUCGGAGUUCAACAUCUCUCCUAAAGAAAUCGAAGCCGUCGAGGCACAGGCACAGAGAUAAAUAUAUAUAUAUAUAUAUAUACUUGUACUGAGCAGAGGAGUAAGAAGGAAGGGAUGGGAAACUGCCAGGCAGCAGAGGCGGCGACGGUGGUGAUUCAACACCCAGGGAGCAAGAUAGAGAGGAUCUACUGGUCGGUGAGUGCACGUGAGGUCAUGGCUUCGAAUCCCGGACACUACGUUGCUCUCGUCAUUCCCUCUCCCACUGUCAAGACGGAGAAUGGGAUUCCGGUAAGGCAGCUGAAGCUCCUCCGACCUGAUGAUACCCUCCACAUCGGUCAGGUUUAUCGGCUUAUCAGUUUCCAAGAGGUGUUAAAGGAGUUUGCAGCCAAAAAGAGCGUGAAACUUGGAAAAUUGCUUAAAGAGACAGGACGACUUGAGAACAGGCGGAGGCAUGGAGGAGAUUCUAGGUCGUCGUCCAUCUCCAUUUCCACGCCUGAAAAAUCAAGUCCGGCCAAGGUGGAGCAGUUCGUUCACCGCCCAAGUAGUAGCAACAGCGGCGCCGGACCUAGCAGAGCAAUGGGGAGGCAGCAUGGUGGUGGCGGUAGCCAAUGGAGGCCAGCCUUGCACAGCAUUGCAGAGGUCGGAUCUUAAACCUCUUUCCCUAGUUCCCACGCACGCUCCCACCCCCAUCUACUCUUUUCUCAAUCGUCUUUUCCUUACUCCCUUGGCUUCGGACCUCCUCAAUCACAACAAAGGACUGUAUCGUUGUAUGUCUUUUUUCUUCUGCCUUUGUCAUUCUGUACGUUCCUGUUUUUUUUUUUUUUUUCUUUUUCCUUACAUACAUUAUCUCAAUAGAACAUCCUUCAGUCUUUGUACCUUA